AAAUAUGAGGCAUUAAAGAAAUUGUACCAACACACCUGUUCACUCUCAGCUUCCGCUUCAGCAUCCUAUUAGCAGGAUGAAUCCCCAAGUUAGCCAAUGGUGUGUCUCAGCCAAGCCUUUUUUUGCUGUAGUGUUCUUGCAGUUUGGUCUUGCAGGAAUGGACAUUCUAUCUAAAGCAGCUCUGAACCAAGGAAUGAGCAACUAUGUUCUUGUUGUUUAUCGCCAUGCAGUUGCCACAAUUGUUAUAGCCCCUUUUGCACUGAUUUUUGACAAGAAGGUCAGACCAAAGAUGACAAUUCCAGUCUUUGCCAAGUUAAUGGUCCUCAGCUUGCUAGAGCCUGUGAUUGAUCAAAACUUAUAUUUCAUGGGAAUGAAGUACACAACAGCAACUUUUGCAGCUGCCAUGUGCAAUAUUCUUCCUGCCAUUACCUUUGUAAUGGCUUGGAUUCUCAGGCUUGAGAAAGUAAGAAUCAAAAGCAUCAGAAGCCAAGCUAAGAUAGUGGGAACCGUAGCAACAGUCGGAGGAGCUAUGAUAAUGACACUAAUGAAAGGUCCAAUUGUAGAGCUAUUUUGGGUUAAAGAAAGAGCUAACAACCCACAACAAAGAGGUGAAAUCAGCCUUCAACAUACAAUCAAAGGUUCGAUUAUGAUCACAAUUGGUUGCUUCAGCUGGGCCUGUUUCAUGAUUCUUCAGGCAAUAACAUUGAAAGCUUACCCAGCUGAACUUUCUCUUACGGCAUGGAUUUGCUUAUUGGGAACGGCGGAGGGAACUGUGGUGGCUUUGGUGAUGGAAAGAGGAAACCCCGCCGUUUGGUCCAUUACUUGGGGAACUAAAUUACUCGCCGCCGUUUAUAGUGGGAUAUUUUGUUCGGGACUUGCUUAUUACAUUCAAGGAUUAGUGAUGAAAGACAAAGGACCUGUUUUUGUCACUGCCUUUAGUCCUUUGAGUAUGGUCAUUGUAGCCAUCAUGAGUUCCUUUAUUUUAGGCGAACGUCUUUACUUUGGAAGGGUACUUGGAGCAGUUGUGAUAAUUGUGGGACUAUACCUUGUUGUUUGGGGCAAAAACAAAGAUGAGAAUUGUUCCUCAAGUGAAGACUUGAAAUUGCCCACAAAACAAAUAUUGGAAGACAACAAGACGAUGGAAACUUUAACAAUUGAACCAAAUAGUUGUAUUGAUUUAAAGAAUAACAAUGAGCAAAAAUGAUUAAUGAGAUUAAUUAUUGGCAAAAAAAAAAAAAUACUUAUGAAGUUAUUUUAGAUUUUGUUUAAAAAAUUUCUAAAUAACUUCCUUUAUCUCCCACAAUAUCCUUUCUGUGUCCCUCUCAUGUACUCACUCCACCAAGUGUAACAAACACUUCUUUUGAUUUCAAAUUUUCCAUAUAAUUUUAUCUAAUUUUGUAACAUUAGGGUUAAUUUUCUUGGGAUUAGUGACUAAGAAGGUUGUAAUGUUAUGGAAAGAUAAUAGUGAAUGAAAGAUCCGUUUUUAUUACA